AUGAAAGGAUAGUAGAAUAAGUUAGAAAUAAUUUAAAAAGUAAAAAGAAAUGAUGAUUAAGUCAAAAGAAUAAUAACCUUUGAAAAUAAUGAUUAUUUAAAAACUAAAGAAAUAUAUGAUCAUCUUAAAUAUGAAUUUCCUUAAAGUGAAUAUUUGAGCUUAGCUUAGUUAAUUGAAUCAAUUGUAAUAUUAAUUAUAAUUUUAGAAAUACAAUUUCAUUAAGAUCUAUAAAGGAUAAAUAUUAAUUAUUAUUUAAUCAAUGUUAGAGCAUCUAUUAAAAUUACAUUAUAAUAUUUAAAUAUCACAUGGAAAAUUAAUACCUUAAAAUAUUAUCAUCAAAUUAAAAUAUGAUAAAAGUAAUUAAUUAACAAUCAUAUAAACUAAAUUUUAAAUUGAAAAAAUUCAUUUUGUGAAUUAUAGACUUAUUGAUGAUAUUAAUUAUCAAAUAAAUAAUUACUUUCAAGAUGUUGAUGAUAUUAUUGAUUGUUCUAUUGCACUUAUUCAACCAUUUUCAAAUUAAAAAUGUUAAUUAUUAUAGUGUAUUCUAAAUACUUUGAACGAUUAUAAAAAAGAUAAAAAGAUGAAUGUUUUAUAUUCAUUAUUUGAAUUUAUUUAAUCUUCUAUUUAAGAGUAUUUUAUAUUUUAAUUUUAGAUAUGUAGAUAAGGAAAACUAUAAAGUGAAAAACAAAGAAAUAUAACUAUCUGUUAAUAUAAAUAAAUCGAACCCUCAAUCAAAUAAAUGUGAAGAAUUUGAAGAAUAUGGUAUGCUAUCUAAAAGAAAUAGACUUUAAAAGCUUAUCUAUAACUUUAUUGAAGAGAUUUAAUUUCAUGAUAUAACUACCAAAUUAAAUAAAUCUGGUAAUUAAAUUAAUGAAUCUGUUUCAAUUAAUGAAUCAAUUUUUGAUUAAUCUUAAUUAAAAUCUUAGGAUGAAAUAAAGAUUUUUGAAGUUUUUUAAAAGAUAAUAUAAUAAUAAAUAAUGAGAAUUAGUUGGGAAAAGUAUGGAACCUUUUUAGAAUCUUGGGAUUUGGAUACUGAAAAAUUAUAAGAAUAAACUUUUAAAGACAUAAACUUAAAUAAUGAAGCGAUCUUAAAUAAACAUUUAUCUAAGGUUUUAUAAGAAUUUUAAAAUGUUUAAUCAAUAAAUAAUGAAAUAAAAGAAGAAAUAGAAAAGAAUUAUAGAUUUGAUAUUUUAUAUGAUGAAACAAAAGCAAAAGAGAUAUUUAUUUUAGAAUUAAUGAUUGAAUCAUAGAAUUACGAUUUUUAGAAUAUUCAAAGCUUUAUUAAAAAAGUCAAAUCCAAUGUGAAAUCAGAAUUAUAAGAAUAUUAUAAUGAUAUCCUAAUGUACGAAAUAUUAAAUUUAAUAAAUGAUUUGAUUUGA